AUGAACAUCUCGUCUUCCCGGUCUCAUGCCAUUUUUACACUUCACAUACGACAACAUCGAGUGGUGAGAGAUGAGUCUUUGCUGGUAGAAGGAAAAGAAGCAGAUUCCAACCAAACUGAAUUUGAGACAUUAACAGCAAAGUUUCAUUUUGUUGACUUGGCUGGUUCGGAGAGAUUGAAGAGGACAGGGGCCACAGGGGAUAGGGCUAGAGAGAGCAUCUCAAUCAACUGUGGUUUGCUGGCACUGGGGAAUGUGAUAUCUGCACUGGGAGACAACACAAAGAAAGGUUGCCAUGUGCCGUAUAGAGACUCUAAACUGACCAGACUUUUACAAGACUCAUUGGGUGGCAAUAGUCACACUCUUAUGAUUGCUUGCAUAUCACCCUCAGACAGAGACUUCAUGGAAACAAUGAAUACUUUAAAAUAUGCAAACCGUGCUCGCAACAUACGAAACAAUGUGAUUGCUAAUCAGGACAAAGCGAGUAAACAACUAGCUUUGUUGAAAGCUGAAAUUAUGUCACUGCAGGCAGAAUUGAUGGAUUUUAAAACGGGCAAACAAACCAUGGACACAGAGAGUGCAGAGUCUUUAAGUGACAUGAUUGUUGGGAACACCCUUCUGCAGUCAGAGAAUGAUCAACUGUGGUACCGUAUCAAGGCAUUACAAGACACAGUUGAAGCCAUGAAAACGAGGAAUUCACAGUUACUUGGAGAUGCUGCCCUAAUUUCUCUUGUAGGAAGUGAUGGUCAAGCUUCAAGUGUGGAUACCUCAAACCUAAUACGGAAAUACAUUCAGGAAAUUGAAGAUCUGAGGGCAAAAUUAGCAGAGUCGCAGUCCUUGUGUCAGCACCUCACUGAAACAUCUGUUUGGUGUUUGAGAAGUCCCUCCUCCAGACUGUCACUCAGUUCAGCAUCAGUGUCUUCUUCUUUCACUGGAGAAAUGAACACCUCAGCUUCACCGGAUCCAUUGGAGACUUCUGUCCUGCAGGAGGCUAAGAAAGAGAUGAGGAGACUCAAAAGGCUUCAGAAACUCAGUCUGACCAGAGCUGGCAAGAG